CCGACGGUUGCGCUUGCUACCACUGCUCGCGCUGCUCAGCCCAGGAGUCAGUGAUCGCCGCCAAUCCCCCCACCCCUGCAGUCGAUCCCCCCGGCCUGUUCUCGACUCCUCUUGGGCCGUCAGCACUCCCCGAGGUUGCGACUCAGAAGAGGAGCAGGACAGAGUUCCAUGGGACCGUCAUGAAAGUUCCAGGGCAGCCGUCAGCCAACCCACCGGGCCCCUCGGGCCAGCCACAUCCCCCCAGUGCCCAGGAGCUGUUGGAUUUGGCUGUGUACGGAGACCACCUGAAUCUCUACCAGCCAGGACUCCCCCAGCACCCUCACCUCCAGUCAAGAGCCACUUCGGCGCCUUCCACCGGCUUCGGGCUCUCAGACUACGGCGGUGCGGGGACCAACCCCUACCUGUGGCUAAAUGGGCCGGCCCUCAGCCAGCCCUCGUACCUGCCCAGCUACAGCGGCCCCGGACAGCGCCCGUUCCUGCCCCCUUCGUCCGGCUUCGGGGCCGCGGCCGAACUCACCUGGUUGUCGCUGUCCAACCAGCAGGAGCUCUUUAAGAUAAUGCGGCCGCCGUACUCUUACUCGGCCCUCAUCGCCAUGGCCAUCGAGAACGCCCCGGACAAGAAGCUUACUUUGAGCCAGAUCUAUCAGUACGUGGAGGGCACCUUCCCCUUCUACAAAAAGAGCAAGGCCGGCUGGCAGAACUCCAUUCGUCAUAACCUUUCCCUCAAUGACUGCUUCAAGAAGGUGCCCCGGGAUGAAGAUGACCCAGGGAAAGGAAAUUACUGGACCUUGGACCCAAACUGUGAGAAAAUGUUUGAUCAUGGAAACUUCCGGAGAAAGAGGAAAAAACGAGGGGACCCCAAUGGGACAGGGACACUGGGAUCUGCCUCUAAGUCUGAAGACAGUAGCUCUGGGACCCUCAAAAACCCAGUGGAGAACCUAGGCCUCAUUGACUCCACCUCCCCAGAGUUGCUUAGCUCACCCAGCUCUGGGACUGAAUCCAAACCCCCCUUACUAGCUAUAGAACCCAGCCCAUGUUCCUCUGCCUUCACUUCCACUGUGGGGGCCCUGGCUAAUGGCUGUGGAGUCUUCCCCAGGCACUUCACAGGAUCAGGAAGUGAACCAGUAGGAGACUUAGCUCUGGGGAGGCAGGUGAGCUCUGGCCUCAGUUCCUACCCAGCUUGUUCCAACAUGGUGCAUGGUGUGGAUCUUGGCCCCCAGGCUCAGUCCCAACACAUGAAUGGUCAUUCCACCAGCUUUCAUAACUUCCAUGUCAACAACUUGAUCCAUAGCAGAGAAGGGAGUGAGGUUUAGAGUAAGGGAAGGUAGAUAUUCACAGAAACUAUGGAUCGGGCCCUCCUUCCUUCAACCUUUACUCUUCGCGUCUGGCUAGUAUAGCCUUCAGAGAAGACUGGAGGAAGGAAACAAG